GGGGAGGGCGUGGAAAGGAUUUUCUGAGGAGAUUCAGUAUUAGUAACAUUCUACCGAAGGUGGUGUAUUAGUCAUAAUUUGAUCACAUACAUUGUGAUUUUUCAAUACUUCGAAAACGCCCAAGCAACCGGCGGUUGUCUAAAAAUAGCAGCACCCAACGUUUUUAACUAGCGAACUUCCUGCGUGUGGAGGCUCGGCCCUCCAGCACGCAUGCGCGCGGUUCCCAGCCAAUCAGGGGCAAGCCUGACUGAGGAGGCACCACGUGAAUCACAAUUUGCCUCAGAAGCUUCGAGGCGUCGAAACGAAGCGAAUCGGCAGAACAUGAAUAUGGCGCCUGCUGGCAGAAAGCAUUCCGGAAAGUUACGGAAGGUAUCAAUGGAUGAUCCUGAGAGAGCCUAUGACUUCCAGAAAGAAGUGGAAGAUUGCAGUGAGUCAGAGGAGGACAUUCUAGAAGGAAGAAUUCCAGUAGUUAACAAACGUGGGAAGAAAAGAUCUUCAAGAUUAUUUGAAGAUGUGGGGGGUGAAGUACAGAGUAUGCUGGAACGAUUUGGAGCGGACAUUCAUAAGGCUCUUCUUGCCAAAAGAAAGAGACUAGAAAAUUACACCAAGGCUUCCUUCAAAAACAGUAAUCAGAUAAUUGAACAUUUUUGGAGAGCACAACAAGAGAAAAGGCGGGAGCUUCACCAAGAGUUUUCUCAGCAGUUUCAAACUUUGUUUCAGCAAUGGGAUUUAGAUCUGCAGAACUCUGUGGAACAAGAAGAAAAGCUAACUAAUUUGUUUCGACAGCAACAAAAGGCUUUUCAACAAUGUAGAAAUCUUCAAAGCCAGAGACUGAAAACAAUCAGACAGCUUUGUGAGCAGUUAAUAAAGAAUAUGGAGGACUUGGAAAAGAAUGAUGAAAAUCUAUUUAAUGGUACACAAACUGAAUUUAAGAAAGAAAUGGCCAUGUUGCAGAAAAAAAUUAUGAUGGAAACGCAGCAGCAAGAGAUGGCAAGUGUUCGCAAGUCUCUUCAGUCCGUGUUAUUCUGAUGACUCUUUGAAGAAAGAACUUGAACCUAAAUGACAGAAUUGAGUGAGACAUUAGCUUAUGUUAACACUUCAGAACAGUUUAGCAAUUUUAGUUUAAGUGGUAAUAUUCAUCUUUAAUUACUAGCUUAGUUAAAUAUAAGUUACCUCCUCUCUGUUAACUUCAAAUAAAAUCCAAAUAGUUACGUAUCAAAAUUUCCUUAGACCUUUAAGUUGUAAUAAAGAAUUUUCUUAAGACCUGUCAAUUGCUUUGUCAAUAAAGAUUUAAAUGCGG